AUGGUGGCUCACACGGCCGUGGUGCUGGCUGUGACGACCGUGGUGGUGCUAGCGUCCUCCUGCUACAAGGUCCUCUUUGAGACCCCCAAGCCGCUGCAACAACAGCAGCGCAUUGAAGCGGUGGAGCGGGAGCAGGAGAGGUGCCAGGAGCAGCAGCAGCAGUUGGAGGAGGUGGAAGAGCAGCAGCAGCUACUGGGGCAGCAGGAGCAGGCGCAGGAGGAGCAGGAGGGGCAGGAGCAGCAGCAGCAGCAGCUGGAGGAGGGAGCAGUAAAACAGCAGCAGCACCAGCAGGAGCAGACAGCGAUCCUGCCUCUGCAGCUUGUCUUUGCUGCUGGCAUACAAGGGGUCCUGCCCACAUGCACCCUUGCCAGCAUGACAGGGGCUGCCACCUUCACAGCAGGCCUGGCCCCAGCGGGCCUGCAGUGCGUGGCAGCCGAUUGGGACGGCGCGUGCAAGGACGCGGACGCUUGUGUGGACGCGCCACGCGCCGACGCCUGCGCCCAGCCUUCGCUGCAGUCGCUGCUUGGCCGCACAAGGCCGCUUGAGGCGCGGCUUACCAGCGCCGGCUCGUUGCAGGAUGCAGCCAGCGACGCGUGGCCAGGACAGCAGCUGCAGCAGCAGCAGCAGCAGCAGCAGGAACAGCAGCAGGAACAGCAGCAGGAGCAGCAGCAGGAACAGCCGCAGCUGCAGCCGCCGCCCCUGGCUUACACGCUUGUGGGCUUGGCAUGGGCCGUCGCUGCGGCCGCGCUCAUCGGGGCCGCCGUCUGUGCACGCCACAUCGGCACGCUGGAGGCCCGCUGGUGGCUGGCGCUCGGUCGGCAGAAGCAGAUACCAGUCUGCGUGCCGCCGCGCUCGCCCCAGGAACAGGCAGCCGUCCUGCUUCUGCGAGAAACGUGGCAGCAGGCGCGCAGUUGGGAGUGGCUCCUGGGUUUGGCGGGCGCGAGCGCGGCGGCGUUGCAGCAGAUGGACGGCCAGCGGCGCGCCGCGAGGCAGCAGGCGCGCGCGGCGGCGGCGCUCGCGCGCCGCUUGCUCGCGCAGCAGGCGGCGCGGCUGGACGCGCGGCAGGCGGAGGCUGUGGCGCAGCUGCGCGGGGAGCUGGAGGCGGCGGCGGCGGAGCGCGAGGCGGCCCUGCGCGCGGCGGCGGCGGCCGAGGCGGACGCGCUGCGCGCGGACGCGGACGAGCGCGCGGCGGUGAUGCAGAGCGCCGCGGACGCGCGGGCCGCGGAGCUGCGGGGGGAGGCCGAGGCGCGCGAGGCUGCGCUUGCCGCGGCGGCUGCAGAGCGGGAAAGCGAGCUGCUCCGCGAGGCAGCGGCGCGCGAGGCGGAUCUCGCCGCCCAGGCGGGGGCCCGCGAGGCCGCGCUCGAGGCGCAGGCCGAGGCGCGGCGCGCGGAGGCCGACGCCGCGUCCGAGCGCCGCGCCGCGCUCGAGGCCGAUCUGGAGCGCGAGCGUGCGCGCGGCGCCGAGCUGGCCGCUGCGCACGAGGCGCUGCAGGAGCGCGCGCAGCGGCAGGCCGAGACGGCGGCGGUGCUGCGGGCGGCGAAGGACGAGCUGGCGGCGCGCGCGGAGGCGCUGCAGCGGGAGCGGGACGCGGCGGCGGCGUUGGCGGCGGAGGGGAGGGAGGCGCUGUCGCGGAGCGAGGGGCGGGUUGAGGUGCUGGAGCGGAAGGCUGUCCAGGUGGGCGUGCUGUCCGUAGAGAAGCACGACCUCGAGCAGGCGCUCUCCGCGGCGCGCGCCGAUGCCGACGCGCUGCGCGGCCCAGCCGCGCGUGCAGCCGAGGCCGAAGCGUCCCUCCGCGAGGUCGCGCAGCGGCUGGCGGCGCUGGGGCGCGAGGCGGACGCGCUGCGGGGGGAGCUGCGGGCGGCGGAGGAGGCGGCGGCGCAGCAGGAGGGGCUGCUGGAGGAGCGCGAGGCGACGCUGCAGGAGUUGAACGAGGAGAAGCAGGCGCUCGAGGUGGCCGUGCGCCACGCGGAGGCCCGCGCGGCGGAGCGCGCGCACACGCUGCUGCAGGCGCAGGAGUCGAUCAACGAGCUGCAGGGGAUGCUGUAG